AUGGCAUCAACGGCGGGCACGGAUGAGCCCAGCACCGUAAAUGGCGAAGCCCCACGGACAUCCACAACAACAGCAGCAGCAGCAGCAGCAGCAGCAGCAUCGAGCCCCAACCCCGAAUUUGAUGUCUCCAAACUCCAAGGACUGCCCUCUGAGCAACAGGAACUGCUUCUAUUAAGCUUUGCCUCGGCUCUGAGCAAACAUGUCCUCAGCCUCGACCCAGACGACUGCACGGCGCAGCAGUUCUACCUCAAGAAGGAGGUUUUUAAAAUCAUCAACCUCUCAGCCCCGCCUCCAACAAGAGUGAUACGCAACACCUUGGGAAAAUGUCUGGCACACAUAUUUGGCAAGGGGGAUCGGAAGCUGCUAUUCGAGACUGUCAGCGAUUUAUCGGGCAUCAUCUCGAGCGGGAAGUCGAAGAAUGAGGGCGAGAUCCGGACGAAGCAUGCCGCCGUUGCGUGUCUGGGCGAGGUCUACGCCGCGGCGGGCGAUAGUGCCAUCAACCUACACCAACUCGCGUGUGCGGCGCUCCUGAAGCUCUUGAAGUCGUCUUCCAGCAAUGCUGGCCUUCGCGCCGCUGUGUUUACAGCUUUCGGAAAGAUCGCAACAAUGCUGGGGGGGAGCUUGGACGAGAGCAUCGCAAGGGAUAUCUGGAAGCAGGGCCGGAGCUAUGCCACGAGCGACAAGGGGUCGCUUGUUGUCAUCGCUGCAUGCCGCUGCCUGCGCUCACUUCUACAGUCUACCCCUUAUUUUCAGACGUCAAGCGACUUCGACAGUCUGCGGUCUUCCAUGUUCAAGACGUUCGACUCGCCAUCGGCCAACGUACGCUCUGCGGCUGCCGACUGUUUUGCCGAAGCACUGGUUCGAGGUUAUUCCGAGUCUGCCGUUGGUGAAGCUCCGUUAGUCUUGCUCAAGAGAACGAAGUCCAAGGCUGUGAAGCGGCAGUCUAUGCAAGUGGGCGGUCUGCAAGACGAUGAUGACCUCCCCCCGCGGCCAGAGAGCCCUGCGCCGACCAAGAAAUCCCAGGUCCUGGCGUUGUCACUGGUCGAUAUGCUGAAAACCUUGUCGACACAAUACGUUCGGAUGUCCACAUCGAACAAAUCCAGAGCCGCAAUCGCUGUCUGUUACGGCAAUAUGUUUCGGAAACUGGGGGAAAAGACGGUGGAGAACAACUACACACGGAUUUUAGAGCACAUGACAGUCGAGCUUUUGGGGCAUAAUACUAUCACCAACAAUCGGUACCGCCUGCUGAUCUCCCGGCGAAUGGUGGAAAUUAUCAUUCAGGACAUCAUUGGGAAGAAGAUUCUCGGGGAGUCGGGCCAGACUGGCGCCGCCAAGGCUCUCCUCAACGAUGUCGUCAAGAAUUACCCACAGGCACUCAAGGAGAAACCAGAACCCGCGAAACAAACACUGGUCGUUUCGCUAAGCGCCCUGGCCUCUUUGAUAAAUAGUCUGGGCUCAGCAGCCAACAGCUUUUCCGAAGGUUGUCGCGACGGCCUCCUUCAAGUCCUGCAACAUCCGAGUUACACCGUUCAAGUCCGUGUGCUGACCAUGUCGACGAAUCUGCUCAAGUCUAGCGGCAGCUCCGAGCUGCGUGUGGCGAGCACACAGAUUCAGGUUGCCUGGACCUUGAUCGGGGGCCUUAUGUCACUCGGACCCAACUUCGUCAAGAUCCAUCUCUCACAGCUUCUUCUCCUAUGGAAGAAUGCCCUGCCCAAGGUCCUGUCAAAGGACAGCUCAAUCCACAGAAACUAUCUGAAUGCUUCCUUCUUAACACAUGUCCGAGAAUGUGCGCUUGGUUCCAUCCUGGCGUUCCUCGAGUUCAACAGCCGCCUCCUAACUGUCGAUGUCUCAAAGCGGAUUGCGACCAUGUUGCAAAGUACGGCAGCAUUCCUAAAGACGCUUCCCUCGAAGAAAACGGCAGAAGACCUCAACGAAAGACUCACGCCGUCACUGCAACUCCAAGACCUGGAAACCAUGGUCCAACGGAGGGUCCUUCAAUGCUACACAAAAUUGGUGAAUAUCAGCCCAGCUGGCGGCACCGAGGCACUCCUACAAUCCAACCUCCUCACCCUAGCAAUUUCUCUUUUUGCGGACCCGGAUAAUUACACCCCGAGUUCACUCAGCGCCUCCAUCGCCAACACAGCUUCGACCUUUGAGUCUGUCUGGGAUAUAGGUGACACCUCUGGGUUUGGUGUGACCGGUAUCGAGAGCGUAUUGGAGCAAGUGACGACCUUUGUCGCGGCUGGGUCGCUGCAACGAGACCCUGGGCGGAAGGCUGCCGUUAAUGUCAACGUUGCCACCGCUCUUUUGUCGAUCCUGCGCGUGGCAGUCAAGGAGACAAGGUCACCUCCAGGCGACGUGACCAACUCGGCCGUCGAGAAGCUCAUCCAGGAGUUGCUUCGUGACUUCGUGCUGGACCGGGAUCAGUACGUCCGCAGUAUCGCCUACGAGGCGGUGGCUCGGUUGUGUGGCGUUUGUGGCAACGCCUUUACGAACCAAGAAAUCAAGUAUCUUGUCGAUACCAUCGUCGUCAACCGAGAACCCAGCGCUAGAGCGGGUUGUGCGAUGGCCCUCGGCACUAUCCAAGCCAAGAUCGGCAGUAUGGCGGCUGGGUACCAUUUGAAGGCCAUUCUCAACAUUCUGUUGUCUCUAUGCAAUGACCCCCAUCCUACUGUCCAUUACUGGGCACUAGAAGCAGUUGCGCGGGUGGCGGACGCCUCUGGAUUGGGAUUUUCAAACUACGUCUCAGCCACCUUGGGAAUGCUUGCCAACCUCUACUUCUCCGAAACACACAAUCCCGAAGUGGCCUUACCCGCCUCUAUGAACCUCGAGGUUGAGGCUUCUACAUCCGCAGCAAUCGCUCACUGCGUUGACUCGCUGAUCAACGUCCUUGGUCCUGACCUGCAGGACUCAACCAAGUCAAGAGAACUCAUUCUUACCCUUGUUGGAUACUUCCAACAGGAAGAUGAUCUGGAAGUACGGAGAGCAAGCCUUGUGUGCUUGGAGCACCUCUCACUGUACGCUCCGGGAUACAUGAAAUUUGAAGAGUACGUAAAGACGCUUCAAGGGUACCUCAGCUCCGAGAACACGGUCCUUCGAGACGUUGCCGUGGACGGCCUCCACAACCUCAUGAAGCGAAACCCGUACGACGUUAUUGAGGCAGCAGACCAGGGCUUUGAAGACCAGCUCUGGCUAGUGCUCGACUCGGACCCCAGCCAUGACGGAAUGCACAACACGCUCCGCAACUGGAUGCGGCAUACGUGUCUUGCAAACACAGCUGCCUGGCUCGCGCGGUUCCAGCAUGUCCUCAAGAUGACCCGGCCUAAGGACAUCGUGAAGGAGACGACCAUAACUAAAAAGUCGGGCACCGGUAUUGAUCUCCAAGACGAAGAAGUUGCCGGCUUCGCUGCUGCACCGGGCGCUACCAAGGAUGAAAAGGACACCCUAAGCGGCCCUGACGUUGAGCCCCUGAGAUGGCAAGUCACAACCUUUGCGAUGGACUGCCUGAAUGACAUCUUCAUUCUUGUCGCCAAGGACAUUGCUACAAACGGCGAGUCCGUGGCGCAGGUCGCGCUCCAGGCCAAGAUUGCCGAUGUCGUUCGGAUGGCCUUCUCAGCGUCAACCUCUGGGGUCGUUGAGCAAAGAAUUUGGGGGCUCAAAAUCAUUGGCGCUGUGCUAAAAAUGUUCGGCAAGACACCGGACCCAGAUUUUGAAGAGGCCAUGCUCCUCGAGCAGUAUCAGGCUCAGAUCAGUUCCGCCCUUACGCCCGCAUUUGCUGCCGACUCUUCCCCUGAGCUGGCUGCUGAGGCCGUCAACGUCUGCGCUGGCUUCAUCGCGACGGGCAUCGUUAGGGAUGUCGACCGGAUGGGCAGGAUUCUCAAGACCCUGGUGAGCUCACUUGAGAACUUCCAGACCGAGGAUGAGAAUGCAGGCAUUGGUGACCUGAAGGGGUUGAGUUCCAAUGCGCGGGUCAUGGUCAAGAUGGCCGUGUUUGGCGCCUGGGCUGAGCUCCAAGUUGCCAGUUCGGAACAGAAAUACUUACUCGACGUGCUCAAACCACACAUCGGCACCCUGACUCCCCUCUGGCUCGAGUCUCUCCGGGAGUUUGCCAGGCUACGCUUUGAGCCGGAUAUCUCCAUGACCCUGGGACCACCGUCGCUUUCUGGGAGCCUGGACACGGUGUAUGCGGCCCUCAACAGAGAAACACAGCUCAAGUUUUACCAGGACUCGUGGUUAAAACUGGUGGAUGCUAUCGCCAGCCUGAUCGGGCAAGACAGCGAGUUUGUUUUCGACGCGCUGGAUGGCAAGGAAGUCACGGGCCCCAACGUCAACGGCGGCUCUCGGGGUCUGGGCAUCAACUACCGGGAUGAGCCAGUGGCAUUCUUUUUCGUGUUGUUUGGCAUUGCCUUCGAGGCGCUGGCAACCAAGCCCGGGCAAAGCGAAUCCCUCGCUACCCAGGAGCAGACACUCGCGAUCCUCAGCGCGCUGAAGAAGAUCCUACACCCGAGCGUAUCUGGCCAAGCCAUCUACCGCGAGGCCAUCUUUUCCGAGACGAUGGAUCUCCUUGACCGUCUUGUUCUUACGGAAGGGCUUGACGUUCAAGGGGUGAUCGUCGAAAUCGCGAGGGAUCUUUGCUUAUCUCACCCAGCAGCUAGGAAGCAAGAGGAAGCUGACAAUGGCGAACUGUCUGAGGAUAUUGAGCAACUUUUUGAGCUCACACGCAUUAUCGUUUUGGUCCUCUCCGGGCUUAUCCCGAACCUGGGCGAGAGCCCGCAACCAAUCCGCCACCAGAUGACCGAGGAAGCAAUCCUCCUCAUCAAGACAGCACUCAAUGCGCUUGUCGACGCCGCCGAAGUGUUCCCGGCGAUCAUUAAGACUGAUCUGUAUGCCUGCAUCAUCCACAUCUUCGCGACUGUCCUCGCCACCCCUUCCUGCCAGGACGUGAUCGUGCCUCAGUCCCUGCCGACCCUGAAGCGCUUCAUCACGAGCAUGUCCCUUUCCAGACAGGCCUCCGAGGAAGGCCACUCGCAGACAGACAUCCAACUGCUCGGCUGCCUACGCCGGUUCCUCUCCAUCUAUCUCCACGCCCAGAAGCGCGAAGCGCCCACCUCCCUCACGUGCGUCAAGAACUGCCUGCUGGCACUCACGAUCCUCUUUACGGGCGGCAAAAAUCACCUCCCCGCCAGCGAGCCCCUGGUCGCUCGCUUCCUCGAGGAACUCCUCGACUGUCUCACGGACCGCAUGACCGCCAAAAUCGCCGCCUCCUGCCUACGCACCCUCCUCCUGCAACCCCAACCCACCCCCGCCGACCAAUCCCUCGCGCGCCACCUCCUCCCGCGCCUCCUCGCCUUCACCACCGACACCAACCCCGAAGACCCAGAACAGGCGCGCGCGCUCGUGGCGCACGCCCUCUGCGGCUAUGUCGGCGCGCUGGGCGGGACGGACCGCGCGCCCGUCGCCAUGGCGCUGGUGCUGCCCGCGCUGCUGGCGCGCGCGCUGAGCGAGGGCGUGGUGGUCUAUCGGGAGACGAGUGGACGGUUGCUGGAGCUGGCGUCGGCGGAUCAGGUGGCGUUUCGCGGGGUGGUGGGCGGGAUGAGCGAGGGGCAGAGGGGGUUUUUGGAGGAGGUUAUUCGUUCGGGGAGGGAGGCGGGUGGUGCGGCUGGUGGUGUGGGGAGGGGGGAGAGUGGGGGGGUGAGGGAGCCGAGUAUUGCGCUGAAGAUGGAUUUUGGGGGGUGA